AUGCCGAUCAACGACGACGGAGAGAUCACGGGCAAAUGCCUGACGGCGCACUGCGUGGCGCCUGCUGCUUCGAGCGGUCGACGUCACUGCGGCCACUGCCAUACCAACCUCCCCCUCGCGGACUUCAGAUACCGCAUCGCCGGUUCUCCCACGAACCCCGAGCGCGACAAUUUCAGAGUAUGUCGGGGAUGUCACAUGGCCUCCCUCGCGCGCGCGCCUGCUGUCAGACGAAGUUUCCAAGAGAGUUUCCGCCCCUCGCAGGCCGCCGCCACCGCGAGCCCAGAACCCCGGGCGGUUGUACACCCUAUCAGAGAACCAGAAGAUGCCUAUCCCGACUAUCGCGACCACCUGGAUCCGUAUCACGGCUUGCGAAGGCCCAUAUAUGGGCCCGAGCCCUACGACGGCUUGAAUCAUGAUUGCGAUGAUGAUGAGCACACUCUUGAGGGUGGCGGCGGCUGGGAGGCGACCCAUGAUGGCGAAGAGGGCGAUGGGCCAGACGACUAUGACGGGGAUCCCUUCAGCUUUCUGAUUAGUCGUAACCAGAGUGGACGGAUUGAAAGCGGCUCUGAGGAUGAUGAUGAUGAUGAUGAAGCCCUCUGGGAGGUUUACCGGCGUAUCAAUAUUCCUGAGCCUUAUUCCGAUGACGACGCGGAGGCGACCAAUGAUGCGGAAGAGGGCGAUGGCCCGGACGAAGAUGAUGAGGACGACGACGACAAUGCAGCUCUCAUAGCAGACGUCUUCGAUUUUCCGCCUAAUAGUGGCAGUGGACAGGUUGAAAGCGGCCCUGAUGCUGAAUCAGAUGAGUCCAGCUCCAGCGUUGGCCAUGUCACAACCUCCCCACCUGUCGUCGACUACGUCGAGCUCGCACAGUAUCGCUUGAUGCAUAUGGCAAAGAAGAAGAGCAAGCAGAAGCCAAUUGUUACGCUGCGCGAGGCUCUACCGGAUAUCCCAACUGAGCAUUGUCCGGAUCUUGUUGCAUUCCAGUCCAAGAUAAAACCACAAGACCGCGGGUUGCCGGUGGUUGUUGUACAUCUCUACAGCAUCCCCAAGAAGAAAAAUCUUCCUUACGACUACUACGACUACGCUAUCGUAAUGGAUCCCGCACACAACAACACAGCCGACUGCAAAUGUGCCUCGUCAAAAGCUGUUGUGCUUAAGGUCGUGUGGUAG